AUGGCAGGCCAAGAAAUGAACGAGGACGAGGACGAGGACGAGGCUUUGAGCUCGUGCAGCUCGCAGAUUCUCCUGACCAAAUGGCAAACUUUGAACACGACCAAAAUCCCACUAAGUAAGUGUACGCCCAGUUCAACCUGGUGGGUUCGGGGGUUUGGGUUCGAGUUCGGGUUCGGGUUUCUGGGAAUAUUCUCCAGGUUAGCCGGGGUUCUCCGGGCUUCUCCGGCCGGGUUCAGCUGCACCAGGUGUGCCCGUGCCCGGGUGGCUUCCAUCUUCCAUCUUCUGCCUUUCGUCUCCCGGCCCCCGAAACCGGAAUCUACGAUUGAAUUUCAGACAGUAUAGGGCAACCCACCAUCACAUCCCAUCCAAACCACCCAAACCACCAUCCGGCGACCAAGGAAAACGCAAAGGCUUUUGCAAUUUUUAUGUGCAAUUUUUUACAUGAGAACCAAAGGCGGCAUGAGAUGUCGCUUGUGGCUCGUUAAGGUUAAGGGGUGGUGGCAGGAUUUCUCUUUUUCUUUGGAGGGGGUGGGGGAUGCGACUAGCAGUUGGGGUGCCACUGAUAACCGGAGAGUGGAUUAG